AUGGCUUGUAAAUUGGAAUUGGUUUAUUGCAAAAACAAACAGAUGACGAAUUUGCUGAAUAGAUUUUGGAGGAUGGCAAUCAAACAAAUAUUUAAUUUGGAUGAUCAGUGGAUGAAGGAUUAUCAGAACUUUAUUGAUGAACAUUUCAAAGGAAAUAUGAAAAGUUUAUUUGCUGGUCUUUGUCAUGCCAACAAUUCUCUCCUUAAAAAGGCUGUAAAGGAGAAGAGAGCUAGUUAUAGACCAAUAUUAUCUUCUAUUGUUGCCUCAAUAAUGACCUAUUAUGACUGUGGAUUGAUUUCAGACGAUGGUUGUGAAAAACACAAGAUUGUUUCAAUGAUUGAAGGUAGCUCCACACCCAGCACUAAUCCUGAUUCAGACAUUGUCGAUACUCGUACCGAAGUGUGUGUUGACUUUUUCAUGACUUUUUCUAUUAAGGAAAUUAAAGUUAACACCUUAAAAGAUUAUUUAAAUGCUGAUCCACCCCAAACACCUAAAUUUAAAAGUGCACUUUCCAUUUGUAGAUCAGAUAAUGAGGAAUCAUUCCAAUACAUGAUUAAUGGGUUGAAAUACUGUUUGGAACUUAAAAAGACCUACAAAUUUCCCUGCCUUGUAAUAUUAAAUUCCUUAGGAAGUGGUCCACAUCUCGUUUCUCAAGAGAGAAUUGAGCAAUCACUCAAAGAUAUUGGAUUUUCAUUUUACAAAGUAUUCAAUCUCACAUCAGAACCUAGCCCAACAAUGUUACCAUUUCACAGCGAGUUUACACAGGAGGCAUGUCUCAAUGAUGUCUGCGUUAAGAGAGAAGAUUUAAUGGAAGCACUAGAAAGAAGUGUUAAGAAGAAAUGUCUCAUUCAAUAA